AUGACUGAAGCUAAGAACUUCACCUCUGUCAAGGAAUUCAUCUUGCUGGGACUCACCAGCCAGAGAAAAAUCCAACUUCUCCUCUUUGGGGUCAUUCUCAUCAUCUACUUACUUACAGUUUUGGGGAACCUGCUAAUCAUCGUAUUGGUGCAGGCAGAUGUAAAACUCCAGACACCCAUGUAUUAUUUUCUUUCCCAACUUGCAGGGGUAGAUAUCUGCUAUGUCACCAGCACCAUGCCUCUCAUGUUGACUCAGCUCCUGGCUGAAGAUGGAGCCAUUUCUUUAGCAUUCUGCAUGAUCCAGAUAUACAUUGCAGUGGCCUUAGGGGGUGUUGAGAUUCUCCUGUUUGGGGUCAUGGCCUACGACCGCUACCUGGCCAUCUGCCGUCCUUUACUUUACCCUGUUCUCAUGGACAAGAGAUGCCAGUUGCAGUGCAGUUCAACAUGCUGGAUAUCGGCUCCUUUGGUCUGCGUGAUUUACAUUGUCUGCCUUCUUUGCCAAAACUAUUGUGGCCCCAAUCAGAUCAAUAACAUCAUAUGUGAGAUGCCCAUGGUGUUGAGACUUGCUUGUAGCGAUACAAGUAUUAUUGAGGACUUCAUUUUUGGUAUAGGCUCAUUUGUCCUUCUGGGUCCCCUUACUUUUAUAUUGACCUCCUAUGGAUUUAUUCUUCAUUCUGUCUUACAAAUGAAAUCCAGUGGCCGACUUAAGGCUUUCUCUACCUGUGGUUCCCAUCUUAUUGUGAUCUCCAUGUUUUAUGGACCUUUGCUCUGGGUCUACAUAAUUCCGAAGACUGACACAGCUGCUGAUCACGAUAAACAGAUUGCAAUCUUCUACGUUUUGAUCACACCUCUGCUCAAUUCUGUCAUUUACACUUUGCGGAACAAGGACUUUCAUAGGGCAGUAGCCAAGAUCUUGUGA